AUGACCAAUAGAGAACACUUAUACCGCAAUAACGAGGACGACAAUGUGGUGCGCCUGUUUGUUAUCCGCCACGGACAGACCGAUGAGAACGUGAACAAGAUCAUCCAGGGCCAUAAGGACACGGCACUCAAUGCCGUCGGCAUGCAGCAGGCGGAGCAGCUGGGACGCUUCCUGAAGAUGCACGGCGUGCAGUUUGAGCGCGUUGUGUGCAGUGAUCUCCGGCGGUGCCGGGAGACAAUCGCGCAGGUGCUGGCGCACCACGCGGGAGCACCGAAGACGGAACUGACGGAGGGGCUGCGUGAAAGGCACAUGGGGGAGGUGGAGGGGAUGCACAUAGAGGAUGCGGAGCGGUACGCGCGGCAGCAGGGGCACGCGUCGUUCCGGGAGUUAGGGGAGACGGAGGAGGCGCUCGAGCGGCGCGUGGCCGCGCAGCUGCGCGAGAUUGUGGCGGCCGUGGGCCCCCGCAACGUGGCUGUGGUGACGCACGGCGGCGCGAUCCGACAGCUGCUGCGCUGGUUGGGCUGCGGCACGCGCUUCACCGUCUACAACACGUCCGUGACCGUGCUGGACUACACCCGCUCGGCCGGGACGUUCGCAGUGCGCACUGUCGGCAGCACGCAGCACCUCGGGGACGGCGAGUUCUUCGUGAGCGACUCGCGGCUGCGCUAG